GCGGGCCGGGACGCGCGGAGGCGGCGGCGGCACCUCCUCCUGCUGCUGCUGCUGCGCCCCAUCCCCCAGCGGCCGGCCGGCUCCAGCCCGCACCCCGCGUCGGUGCCCGCGCCCCCUCCCCCGGGCCCCGCCAUGGGCCUCACCGUGUCCGCGCUCUUUUCGCGGAUCUUCGGGAAGAAGCAGAUGCGGAUCCUCAUGGUUGGCUUGGAUGCAGCUGGCAAGACCACAAUCCUGUACAAACUGAAGUUGGGGGAGAUUGUCACCACCAUCCCCACCAUAGGCUUCAACGUGGAAACAGUGGAAUACAAGAACAUCUGUUUCACAGUCUGGGACGUGGGUGGCCAGGACAAGAUUCGGCCUCUGUGGCGGCACUACUUCCAGAACACUCAGGGCCUCAUCUUCGUGGUGGACAGUAAUGACCGAGAGCGGGUCCAGGAAUCUGCUGAUGAACUCCAGAAGAUGCUGCAGGAGGACGAGCUGCGGGAUGCAGUACUGCUGGUGUUUGCCAACAAGCAGGACAUGCCCAACGCCAUGCCCGUGAGCGAGCUGACCGACAAGCUGGGGCUACAGCACUUGCGCAGCCGCACGUGGUACGUCCAGGCCACCUGUGCCACCCAAGGCACGGGCUUGUACGAUGGGCUGGACUGGCUGUCCCAUGAGCUGUCGAAGCGCUAACCAACCAGGGGCCGGCCCCUGCUGCCCGGAAGCUCCCGCGUGCAUCCCGGGAUAACCAGACUCCCGGACUCCUCAGGCAGUGCCCUUCCCUCCCAACGCCUCCUCCCCCGCAGACACGGGCCUCUGCUCCUGCUCCUGCCUGCAUGUUCUCUCUGUCGUUGGAGCCUGGAGCCCCGCUCUCUGGGCACGGAGGGGUGUGCUCUCCUGCUUGCUGGGACCUGUGGAAAGGGGCUUCCAGGGCCAAGCUCCCUUCUUCCAGAGGAGGAGCAGGGAUCUGGGUUUACUUUUGUUUUUUCCAUUUCGGGUGUACCCUUGGGGCCAGGUGGGGAGGGAAGGUGAGGGCUCCGGGUGGUGCUAUGAUGUGGCACUGGAUAUAAUAAAUUUGCUGUGGUUUGUA